AUGGAUGAACACAAGAAAUUUCUUACAGAUCGUCUGCUCAGUGAGGAGCGGCCGAUCACAUAUCGCCUUCUCAGCAGAGCAUUGGAUGUCCACGUCAACACUGCCAAAGAGAUGCUAUAUGACUUCCACAAGUACCAGAAUGCUCUGCGCUCUGACUCUGUGUAUGCCACCUAUCUCGUUUAUGGCGCCAAAACCUCGGAUAAUGCUCAAGCCGAUGGGGAUGUGGAGAUGACCAGCUCCUUGCCCGACAAUGAUGCCCUCUCCGAGGACGUAGCCACUACGACUCUAACCCUGGCUAGAGAGGAAGAACUCAAAGAUGUCUUGGCAGAUUACAAACAAGUCACUGCUAUUCAUGUCUACAGCCUGGCGCCUCAUCCCCAAAAGGAUCUAUCCCUUCUCUCCGAUGUCUCAACACAACUAUCCGAGUACUCGAUAAACGAAGACACGGCUGCAGCAGCGAAGAAAUACGGAACCAUUCCUAACACCCAGAUGCGUCGGAGAGACCGAAAGGAAUGUUCCAAGGCUACUGCGCCACCAUCCAAGCCUGUGAAGCAGGAGCCCGUAGUUCCCAAGCCAACUCCUGCAGCGAAAACCAAACAAAAUCCCUUCGCUCCAAAGCCUUCACCUACCGACACCAAACCCGUCAAGCAGGAGGAACCAGAGCCGUCCUCUAAGAAUGCAACGCCAUCGUCAAGUGCUGGAAAGAAGCCGCCAGCUCUGAAGAAGGGCGGCUCAGGGGGAAUCAUGCAAUCGUUUGCCAGGGCAGCUGCGCUGCCGCCUAGGCCCAAGCCCGCUCCUAAGAAGGAGGAGGAUACAGCAAUGGCCCUCUCUGACGAUGGUGAAGCAGAUGACUCUGAUCUUCCCGCCAAAAAAGAGACUGCCGAUCCCGAGGCUGUGAGAGCGGCGAGGAAAGAACGCGAGGAUGCUUUGAGGCGCAUGAUGGAGGAUGACGAUGAUGAGGAGGACGCCGAAGCGUCUGAGAAGGACGAUGAACCAGCCGACGAGGAGAUGGAGGAGGCGCCGGAGCCCGAACCCGAACCCGAGCCAGAGGCCAAGAAGGAGGAACAGGAGUCAACCGAGGUGGUAUCAAGUAGCGGGGACGGACGGCGCAGGGGAAGGCGGCGGGUGAUGAAGAAGAAGCGCAUCCUGGACGAUCAGGGAUACAUGGUGACGAUUCAAGAACAGGGCUGGGAAUCAUUCUCGGAGGAUGAUGCCGCACCACCCGCGAAGAAGCAGGCGGUGGCGGUGACGCAGACGCAGACGCAAUCAUCAACACCGUCGUCGUCGGCAGGCAAGGCAAAGAAGCCCGCCGGCAAGGGACAGGGGAACAUCAUGUCCUUCUUUGCCAAGAAGUAG